AUGACGGCGCUGGCGUCGCGCAGGCGUCGGGGCAGCGGCUGGGCGCGCGCGGCGGGCGUGGCGGGCGAGGGCCUGCGGGGCCGCGAGGUGGAGCGGCGGCGCGCGGGCGGCGGCGACAUGGCGUCACGGGGCCGCGAGGGCCCGGAGUCGGUCUGUCUCCUCGACCCGUCGCCUGUCAUUUCUCUCGACCUGUUGGAAAGAGUCGCAGCUGGCCGGUGGCUCGCGCGCUGGAGCGGGAGGUGCGCUGUUGCAGGGCCGGCGGCGGCGGCGGUGGGAGCGGGCGCGGGCGCGGGGCCCGCCUGCCCCAUGUGCGUGGCCGCGCGCUGCCGCGCGGGGACGGGCGCCCGCGCCAGCGAGGCAAUCCGCUUCCAGGAGAACCUUUUGAAGACUAUGCUUCAGAUUGAAAACACUUUCUUUGCGUUGGGCCAAUCGUGCAGUCGAGACUGUCUCAUCAUCUGUGAUCGAGGAGCUAUGGAUGCUUCUGCAUUCAUUUCACGUGAUAAGUGGGAGCAAGUGAUGCGUGGAAAUGGAUGGAAUCCAGUGGAGUUGCGUGAUAACCGCUACAACCAGAUUAUCCACAUGGUGUCUGCUGCCAAUGGUGCUGAGGAUUUCUACUCCACAGAGGACCAUGCAUGUCGCUCAGAGGGUGUGGGAGUGGCACGUGAAUUGGAUUACCGUGCUGCAGCCGCGUGGGUGGGACAUCCAUACUUCGAUGUCAUCGAUAAUUCCACAGACUUCGAAAUCAAGAUCUGCCGCAUGAUUGAUGCUGUCUGCCAAAAAUUAGGCAUUGACACAGGGGAUCGACUGCAGACUAAUUCCCGAAAGGUGAAGUUCCUCGUGGCAUCAUUACCUCCUGAUUCAGCUUUUCCACCUUUUCAAGACUUUGAUGUCGUUCACAACUACCUUCAAAGCAGUGGCCCACAGACACAAGUUCGUCUCCGCAAACGUGGCCAAAACGGUCAUUGGAGCUACAUUCAUACAAUCCGCAAACCUAAAAUUCGUGAUCAGGUGAUUGAGGUAAAGACACAAUUGACUCAUCGUGAUUAUCUCAAUAUGGUAGCGCAACGUGAUGAUUCACAUUUUACAAUCUACAAAAAGAGACGCUGCUUCCUUAUCAAUAACCAGUACUUCCAAUUGGACAUUUACAAGGAGCCUUGUCAUCCUCGCUGCAAGGGCCUCAUUCUUCUUGAAACAUACACCAGUGCAGAACAGAAUCGAUUGACAAGUUGUUUGCCACAAUUUUUGACAAUUGUGAAAGAAGUCACUGGUGAUCCUUCUUACUCAAUGUUCAAUCUAUCUCUGCGUGAGGAAUGGACCACCACCAAGAAAUUCUGUCAUCGUCUGCAAGUGCCAGAUGAAGACCCAGCACCACCAGGAGAUCUCAAGACCAAUGGGCACAGCAAUCAGAAUGGACAUGCCACUGAGCCCACUGCAGCCACAUUGGUUAAUGGAGUAUAGAAUAGCAAUGCUUACCAAAUCUAAUGUUUGGUCGGCAUCACCUUUGUGUAUAGAUUAUGUCUGACACAUUACUGUAGCAGUUUAUAUUCCGUUGUUAUCCUACGUUUUCUUUCCUCAUUGACUAAGCUACUGGUUGUCACGACUUGAUUCUUAAUCAGAACAGAGCCCUGAUAUGUGGCUCCAAGGCAGCACACUUCAACUGCCUUACAUGGUAUAUUCCCAAGAGAGCAGUUCAUAGCUUAAAGAAGCUUAAUGAUCAUUAAAAGUUAUUUUACCUUGGCAUGCAGAGCUAUUAAAUGGAAAGUCUUAGAAUUCCAUCACUGAAAUUGUUUGUCGCGUUUGUUCAAAGACUUUGUGUAUGAUGAUUGAGCUUUCUUUUCAAAAUUAAAGAAUUUGCAAAUAGAUAAUUUUUUUGGCACAGAAAUAGAAUUUUAGGAUGCAAUCAAUUCUGACUUAAAGUAGAUGUCUUAAAAUCAUCAUGUAUUUUCUGCGCUUAUGUAUUCAAAUUUUUGUCAGUUCCUAAUGAUACAUUUUGUAGCAAAGAAAAAAAAAAUCCUAGUCUUCUGUGUUACCAAAUGAAUUAUUUUCAUUUUAGUUGUAUAGAAGUUGCAAACCUUUGCAUUCUACUCAUUUAAUAAUUUUAGAAGCUCUCUGUAUGGUAUGCAAAAUUAUUUGAAGUGCAAAGCACAAAGAAAGAAAAGUGGCUUAUGAUUCCUGACCCAUUUUAUGUAGAAGAAAAUAUUUUGAUCAUGGCUGCUGAAGCCUAUACUUUGUAUGCACACAAAAUUUGGAUUCAGAAUUUGUUAUUUUCUUCCAGAUUCUUUGAAUUCAGUGUUAGGUAAAUAGUUUGGCAAAUUAUCAUAAUACUAAGGGGAUGUACUUAGGCAACAGUUUGCAAUUUUGAAUCUUCAGUGUUCAUUGAUCAACAUCUGUUGUCUUCUUACAUAUCAUGAUAAUUUUCUGACCUUCAUUCAAUGUGGAAUAAUAAUUUAAAAAGCACUGUGAUGUGUAUACUGUGAUAAUAAUAAACACAGUGAUGGAAUACAAGGAAGAUAGCUGGUAUUAGUAUAAGACCUUCAUUAGUUGUGUCUUUGGAAUUGAUUUUUUCUUUUUGCAAAUAAUCAUGCUCUCUCUUGGAGCUAGAUAAGCACCAUUGAUAUCUUCUAAAAGCCACCCUCUGUUCCUAUACCUACCCUACUGUAUUGUGACUAAAAUGGCAAACUUACCUCCAGUGAUGGUGACCACCAGAAGUCCCUUGCCACAUUAAGCUGAAAAAAUUGCAAUUAUUUCAUGUAGAAAUUUCCUUUCUAUUUGUUGUGCCACACUACAAUUUUUUAAUACUGUGUGCAUUAAAUGAAAAUAAUGUGACAGGUGCAGAAAACAAAUAUUUAGUAAGAGUAGUUGCUCUUCUGUUAAAUGAGAAAAUGGAGCCACAUCAUUGGUACAUUAGGCAUCAAACAUUAAUCUUACACUACAUUUAUGGAAAAUCCUGCAUUUAUUUAUUGAGAAUAUGAUCAAGAAAUCAUUGUUAUAUGUAGGUUAAAUAUAUUGAAAUAUGAGAAUUGUUAUAUAAACAUGCAGUUUAAUAUUUUUGUAGUUCGUUGUAGAUUUGUAUUUGUUCACGUAUUUAGAAAGCAAUAUUAUAUGUAUGCCUAUUUACAAACUGGUUCAAAUGUUUGUAUAUUUGUCACUUAAUGUUCUCAAUUUUGUCACGCCUGCAAGAAAACUAUUGCAGAGUAAGAAUUGUGAGAAAUAAUUUAAUACUGAGUAAAUUAAGUUUUAAUGAAAUACUAUAAAUCCUCAAGUAAGUUGUUUCUCAACAGUGUUUAUUCUUGAAGAUUACCUCUUUUGAUUGCACACUUGGUUACACAAUGGAAAUCUUAAUCAUACAUUAUGUGAUGAGAGUUGGAAGUAUGGUAAAAUCCUGCAAGAAACCUUCAGCCCACUGCCUGGUGUGUUGUUUUAAUUUAUUGGCACUUGAGCAAUUUUAUUUGUAUUUGAGAAAAGAUGUGUAUAUAAUCAAAGUAUAUGAUGCAACCCACGUCUCUGGUGCAAGCUUAAUUUUUACAGAAUAAUUCAAAUAGUGAGAAUUUUAAAAUAAAAGGAAUGGAGGAUAAAAUGCACAGCUGUUAGGAUUUCAAUUUCUUCCCCUCUUUCCCUAGGGGAGAAAAAUCUUGAAUUAUUCAAUAUGUUAGUGAGUUAUGUAAUCUAAAAUGUUUGGUCUUCUUUUCCAACAAUUUUGCCUGAGGCCAGUAUCACACGAGCAUUGUGUUGAUGUGCAUUAUUUAUUGCAUGUCAAUGCAACACUGGUGUGCAGGGGCCCCAAAAUGCUAAUAUUAAUUCCUGUAAAAUUUGUAAUUGCCUUGUGCUGAAAGCCUGGAUUAAUUUGAAGUUGGCAGAAAGAAAGAGAGAAAAAUAUUUGAAUUGUAGAACUUUUAUGUGUUGAGAUAAUUCAAAACUUGUUUAAAUAUUUCAUCCUGAUCAUGUAAUUAAAUGAACUUCAUUAGUCCUUUGUUUGUGGCCUUAAAAAUGAAUAUAUCAAAGGAACUAUGCUUGUCAAUUAAUAAUGCAAAAGUAAUGUGCAUAAUAUCACUGAAAAUAUGUGAAAACACGCUGAAAAUUAAAACAAAUUGGGGAGUGGAAUUGUAAUGCAAAAUGACAUUAUUUACUGAAGUUAAGUUAAUAUUGGAAAUUUUAAUAAACAGCAUAGUCUUGCAGAGUAUUAGAUCAAGAGUUUGGAUGACCAAGAUAUUUUCAGCUCUUUCGCACUAAUUUUAGUGUAUGUGUUAAUGACAUUUUCACAAAUUCAACAUUCUUUGAGAAUGUGGUGAACUGUUGCUUUCUGCAUCUGGUCACAAAUUUUGCAGUAUUCGGAAAAAAUGAAAUCUGGUUUACUUACAAUAUUAGUAAACGGCCCCAUUUCUUCAAUAAAAUCAAGUUACCAUGCGUCAAAUAAAGAUAUGGGUUUACAAGUUACUGAAAAUAUUUUCUUACUUGAAGUUCAAAUGUGUGACUGUACAUAAUUGAUAUAUUGAAAGCAUGUCUAUUUUUUCAGUCUUCAAACAAAAGUAAACAAGGCAGUUUCAGUGUAACCUACAGAGAAAUUGUCAUGCUUGUGUGUUGAAUUCUUAAUAAUUUUGACAUCAAAGCAAUCAUUAUUGUACCUGCAUAUUACACUGAACCAGGGUUUUAAAAAAAUUUGGACAUCUGGUCAUCAGAAGUUGUUUUCAAUACGAUUGAUAAUAAUAAAACACUGAUCUUGAGUCAUUUGAGAAGCCCAUGAUUUAACAGUUUGCAAUUGUAAUUUUUAGCUAUUUGGUAAUGAGAGUAGUUUUAUUCUGAAUUCAUUUCAAAUUGAAUUUUAAACGUUAUAGAAAUGUGAAACUAUUUUCUUUUAAAUAACAUUACUAUUAUCUCAAAAUAAAUGUUUAGUGUAUAGUAUAUCAAGGCAAAAACUAAUUACUCUUCAAUCAGAAUUAUGGCCAGGCGACCAUAUUUUUUCAUCCCUGAUAUUACUUGUGUGCCUCAACUGAGUAUUUUUUCUGUCUCUUGUGGGGGGGCCAGCAGUUUGUGUUAUGGUUGGCCUAUUCUUAAAGGCCCAAUGUAUAUUGGCUGUGUCAGAAAUAUAUGAGCCUUUUCUCAC